UUUCUCAGAGAUAAAACUGCAAUUUAGAGGAGGGAUAUGGAAAGAAUAGCUGCACUGCUAGCUGCUGCUUUUUUUCUUUGCUGCUACAGAGUUUGUGGAAAUUUGCAAUUUGAGUCUUGCAGUAGUCAAGGCAGCUAUGUUCUCAUCGGUGACAAAGUCCAGUGCAGUGGUAGCGGGAGCUGCUCAGGGAGCAAUGGAACAGCGAAUGGUACGUAUUUCAGCCUCCCUGGAGUCUUCCCAUAUCCUUCAUGCAGCAACAGCAGUGAUGAUGAUGAUGGUUUGACAGUCCUUAGCUCUCAGUACAGGGUUGGCCUCUGCUCCAGCUGUGGCAUUCAGGAUCUCCUUGUUAAAAGAGGUCAAAUGAUCCACUGGUCUGCAACCCAAGAUCUAAAUUGCUCUAGGAUUAGAUUAGUCAUGGAGGCUGAUGGCUGCAUUGGGGAACCAGUUUCAACAUUUUUCAUGGAUUCAGGGAGCACCCAUCACGUCCACACAUUCAACCAAACUGGUGUCUAUCAGUUAUACUGCAACCAGGACUGCAGCAGAUUGCUUGCAACCAUCACAGUUCUGAGCAAUGGAACAGAGACUGUUGAAGAAGUAAACCACAAAGAGAUAAUAUAUGCUCAUGCCGUUGUGAUGGUCCUGACUUUUGCUGCAAUACUUCCUCUUGGAGCUCUUCUUGCAAAUUUGAAGAAACCAAUCAUUCACAUGAUAGUCCAGCCACUAGGACUAAUACUGGCCAUUAUUGGGCUCCUCUUAGCUGUAGUUUACAAAGAACUCAACAAAAGCACUCACUUUGAUAGAUUGCACACAAUUUUUGGACUCAUCCUUAUGGUCAUUGCUGUCCUUGCUCUUCCUAUGCUCAAGUUCUCUGUCAUGUCACCGGUAAGAGAAAAGUGGAAGAAGCUAGUGACACUUUGGCACAAGAGGCUUGGACUUGUUGCUGUUUUCUCUGGAAUCUUCAAUAUAUUCUUGGGUCUAUCAAUAUUACCUGAUGUUCCCAACUAUGUUACCAUACUAUACGGCGUGUGGACUUUUGUCUUGAUGGUCAUAUUUGUCAUAGCUAAGAGAGGAGGAAGUUCCAUGAGAGAGGAUGAUGAGGAGUCUGCACUCAAUACAUGCUGUCACUAUCGGAAAGACGAAGUGACGCUUACUAGACGAGACUCUCUGCCUCCUUCAAAACUCACCCGCGACCCGUUUGAAAAGGAAAAGUUUGUAAUGGUGAGAAAGAAGUCCGUGGAUAUGCUUGAGCUGAAACUUAAGCCAAAUGCAGGAGGAGGAGGAGGAGGUGGUGGGAACAUGCCUCAAAGAAAAAUUUCCAACGUUCACUUUGGUCCAGUAGCAAUAGCAGCACAGCUCACUCCGCCCGUACCGUACACGCCUCAGGACAACACGACUCAAUUUGGAUUCAAUAAUCAACUGGCAAACCACUACAACGAAGCAAAGGAUGACUUGAGCAGUGGAAGCAGCGAAAAUGAAGAGAGCUCUGAUGACUCGUGCUCUGUUGACGGUGAGUCGCCUGAGGUUGACAUCAGAGGAAGAAAGGAAGGCAAAUGCGACUCACAGUUUAGUCUCAACAGCAUUGCCUCGAGUGGAGGGUCACUCCGCAUCACACGUCACUCCGAGAGAGCACACAAAAGAGUUAAUGAGAUAUUCCCACUAGAGCAGCAGCAAUCGGGGCCACCUGUCAUUGUUACGCCUUCGCCUCUCCUCCAAUCGAGCAGCUCUACCACAAAGAACAGCACAGGGUUCAACGAAGGCUCUCCCAAUAAAGAGGCGCCUCGUAAGGACAGCACCAGUGACGAGGAAGAAAAGCAAAGGAAAGAAGUCUCUCCUGAUAAUUUCCCGAGACGCUGUCCAAUGAGCCGAUCUGGAUUCUCUGAUUCGUCUCUACCUGCUGCUGGCCAGAGGAGGACAAGGAAGAAUGCAUACACUGCUGCCCCAACUGACAUUGAAGACAGACUCAAACUGCCUGAUGAGGCUCCACCACAGCAGCAAGAACCAAGGAGACCAGGACUCCAGAGAGGACUAUCAAGGAAUGCUAGUUUCAGACGCAAGCAAGCUAUGGUUGACAAUACUCUACGCUCUGUAAUGGAGAUGUCAGAUAAUGCCAUCAUCUGUGCCAAUGCGGCAGGAGAGAUUGUGUUUUGGAGUGCCGGUGCCAUGAAAAUGUUUGGAUAUACUCCAGGAGAGGCCAUUGGUAGUUCACUACAAAUUAUAAUGCCGCACAGAUUCAGAGAAAAGCAUCAGAAUGGAGUCAAUGGUAGGACAGAUAGAGCCACUGAAUAUAUAAGGAAGCAUCAUUGUGCUCCUGAGGAGCAGAAACAUGCAAGACUUUACUCGGUUUCUGGUGUUUCUAAAACUGGCAAGGAGUUUGAGGUCGAGGUUGUGGUCACGAGUUUCGUCAUCGAGGAGGACAUAUUCUAUACUGGCAUCAUCACUGAAGUGAAGGGACUCACACGCCAUCUCUCAGUGAGCAGCAUCAGCUCUGAUGUGGAGAUAAGGGAAAAGCAGCAAAAGGCUAUGGCUAUCGGAGCUCAGAUGAAGCUAGCGCACAAACUGAAGAGUGCAGAUCACAUUAACAGAAAUGAGCUGAUAAAGAUAUUAAAGACCAGCCUCCAAGGAACACAGUUCGAAGUUCCUCCAGAAGAUAUCACAGUUAUGGUUGACGGUAUCAUGAAAGCGGCCGAUGCUGACGAAACCGGAAUAAUAAAAUUUGUGGAUCUCAUCGAGCUACUAGUAAAGCACCGAUUGUACAUCAGUGACUCUGGAUUCAUUGCCAAAUAUGGCAAAACGAAAUCCUCCGAGAGGAAGAACAUCAAAGCAACAAAGAGGUGCAGCGGUCAAGCAGCUAAUUUCCUUUCAUCUCACGUAACGUCAAUCGGUUGGGGAAUGACAUACCUAUUUGUUAAUGUCCUCCUAAUGUUGAUUGGUGUAUUGAGCACAUCUAACAGUGGAUGGGGGCAGUGGGCAUACGGGACAGGACCCGCUUUGAGUUUCAACCUUGUCCUUGUUUUAGUCCCAAUGAUGAAGUCACUGAUACAGAACAUGAGGGGGAGUCCAUGGCUUAAUAAAGUGCUUCCAUUAAAAGACAGUUUGUUUUUUCAUCUCUUCAUCAUUUUCGUCAUAUUUGGUCUGACCCUGAUACACACAGUCACCCAUCUCUGCUCAUUCGCUUUUGACGGGGUAGAAGAAAACUCAACGCUAGCAGACAAUUUGACUGACAACGUACAAACUCACCUAAUGCCACUCAUAACUGGAGGGAUACUGAUACUAAUACUCUUGGUAAUGUCAGUCUCUUCCUUCAAAUGUCUCUCAAAGCUCUGUCUCUUUAUUGGAUUCAAUCUAAUUCACUGGAUAGGCUUUGUGGCUUUAUACAUGAUACUCCUCAUUCACGGGAUUGAUUACUACAAUCCGUCCUUCUGGAAAUGGCUUCUACCCGUCAUACUAGUAUAUGGAUUGGAGAGGGCCUACUUCCGCUGGGUUGUCCCCCGUUACACUGUUCAGAUUCUCAAGUCGUCUCCUUACGACGAGCAAUCCAGGACGACUAAACUAGAGAUACAGAAACCGACUCAUUACAAGUUUAUCGAAGGACAGCAUCUCCUCAUAAACAUGCCACAGAUUGGGUAUUUUAAAUGGCAGCCUUGCUACGUGAGCAACACAAACAAGGAGAAGACGCUGACACUUUAUUUUCCUCACACUGGUUCCGGCUGGCUAGAGAGAGUCUAUCAGACUUACAAGGAGAACCCGAUCAAGCCACAGGACGGAGAACCAAGCUCACAAUCAGUUACCAUCACUACACCAUUUGGUCCUGGCGUUGAUCACGUUUUUGACUACAAAGCUAUAGUCCUGCUUUGCGGAGCAGGAGGUGCUGGGCUGCCAACUUGCCGCAGCAUCAUCCAAAAAUUCCUCCAAUACAGAAGAAAGGGAGCAUCAUGUCCUUGUGGCUUACAUCCAAAGCUUACCAAAAUGUACUUUGUAUGGGUAACACCUAGUGGAAACGACAAUGAAUGGUUUACUGAUUUCCUUAGUGAGCUCAUUGAAGAUGCACACUUGCAGAAAUAUCUUGAUAUCAGAAUAUUCCUUACUAAUAUUGAUAGUCCACCGGACGAGCUGGCAUCUGCUCUCCUUCAUCUUGCGCUCAAGACUGGAGGACCAGCUCUCUCUGUCAGGAGACCCUCUCAGCCUCAACUGAGCAAACUUUAUGCCAACACGUCUUACGGCGUGCCUGACUUUGAAUCACUAUUAGAUUUUGUGUCAAUGCAGCAAGGAACUAGCGAUGAAAAGGUUGCAGAGUGUGGAGUCUUCACUGCUGGCUCUUUCCCACACACCGUCAUUAAGGACUUGGUCCAUUAUUGCGAUGUGUGCUCAAAGAAGAAAGGACCUUCGCUCAAUUUCACAAACUCUCCUUAUCGCAAACUGUCUGCCAGUUCACCUCCUAAUUCAAUUGCUUCCCCCACAAGGACUGAUGGUGGGUCUCCUGCAGAAACACCACAAGUACCGCCAGAGUGGCACAUCACAUUCAAACACCAACCGCUAAUCCUAUAACUCAUCUUCCUCCCCCUAUUGUCCUCUCAUUAUUAUUAUUAUUAUUAUUAUUAUUAUUAUUAUUAUUAUUAUUAUCAUUAUUAUUAUUAUUAUUAUCAUUAUAUUAAUAGUUCACAUUUUGUGUGCAUCAUACAUGGACUCGUAAUAAUGGCAUGCAACAUUAUAUUAAUAUUUAUUAACUUUGUUACUUAUAUAACACGUGUGUGUGUGUGUCUCUUGUUUCUGUCAGUGUUUUCCCGAUGUGUAAUGUUCAGUUUAUUUUUUUAUUCAUUCAUUAUGUUGUCUCACCAAAGAAAAAGCUAAAA